UAGCGCUGGAAGUCUUAAAAUAAAUUUGGGUAAAAAAUAUACAAUACGUUUAUAAAAGUAAUACCAAAUUAUCUGUUUUCGUCUUUUUUAAAUUGAAAGAGUAAUGCAGCGUAUUGGCAUAAAGUGAAGGAAGUGAAAUGAGUAGGUUUAAUGUUCUGCGUUGGGCAGUACCAGACAAUGUGAAGGAUUUAUGCCCUGAUGGCAUAAAGGUUUUGAAAUUCGAAAAAAGGGAUAUAGUAAUUGUGUGGUUUAAAAAUGAUAUUUUGAUAUACGACCAUGUUAACCUUCCUGAACUGCAAAGUGGGAAUGAUUCUAGCAAAGCCAUUGUGCUGUCUGUUGAAGGCAGCGUUGUAAGUAUCUUGCAGCUUGGAGAUAUGGUCGGAGUGUUCAAUGGUAGCUUUCUGUACCUGCUUGUUGAGACAGCAGACAAAUGUUUAGUGUCAACAUCAGGCUGUGGUGGAGGUGAUGCCAUUAGUAAGGGAUCUUUGGCAUUAAAGAUGCACAUCAGGAUGCACCAGAAAGUACUGGCUAUGUGCUCUCUGUUUAUGGGAUUUGUCCUUGUCAAGAAGAAGAAGGAGAAGCUUUAUGUUGAUGUGUACAAGACUGGCCCAAGAAUGGUUCAAGUAGAAAAAAAAGUUUCAGCUCAGCUGCCAGAAUCUGCUUGUAAUGAUGUUUCUUGUUCACUAACAUCUGUAAGAUGUGGUGAUUUGGAUCCAAUUCUAGCAAGUUUGCUCCUUGAAGAAAAAGCAUUGGUAUGGUCACAGGUGAUUUUUAUUGGUUUGGGUUGUGGCCAAGUGUACUGUGUUCCAGUAGCAACAGAAAGCAGAUCUCCAGUGGGUAUUCCUAAAAUGUUAUACUGCACCACACAACCUAUUGCAGGAAUUGUGUGUCUCAGAGACCCAGUAACAUGUCUCUAUUCUCAUGUGGGGGUGGUGCUGCGCAGUGGUCCAGUGGUGUACAUUAUGUCUGAUCAGCAAAAAUUAAAGUACCACAUGGUGUAUCUGCCAGGGUCUGUGGAGGAAUGUUUACCUGUGAAGGAUGGAAUUGUGGCUACUGAUGUUGUGGAUCUCUGGCACAGCAAAUUGACCAAGGGUAGUGGGGGUCAACCAGUUGUGGAGAACAGGGUGACAGGAAUAAAGGGUGUAUGUGCCAUGGACCUGGUCCCUGAUUCAGAUUUCAUCUUAGUUGUCACUCUUCAUCUCACAUUGUACUGUGUUCAGCUGGGAACUAAAAUGCCAGCCUGCCAGCCAGAGAAUUUUAUCGUUCCACCCAGCGUCAUGGCCGACAUGGACAGGAAGAUGCAACACCUUACCAAACUCAAACAACAGAUGGCUGUAGAGGAAAAGAUGUUGGAAGCCAUAAGUAUUAGUAAGAGAGACAAACUUCUCCAAAACACAUUCACACUUUCUGUGCAGGUUUAUGAUGCUUCCAGAGGCACUGAUGCUGCACAGUAUGCAUUUGAAAUUAAUUUGAAAAACAACGAAGAUCAAGAUUUCUGUCCAGAAACUUGGUCACUGCAUGUGUCUAUAAACUCAGAAGGAAUGAAUGUUAAUCAAACCAUCAAGCUGGAACAGAGAAUCCGUAAAGGUGUCAGUUUGAAGACACUUAUCACAGCCAGCAUUCCAGAACCGUUUUCCCUCAUUCAGGUGUCUUGUUCUUUGGUUGCCAAGAUUUCAGAAGACGGCGACACAGAAGGCACAUAUUGGGCAGUGAUUCCUGUUGCUGUAGCUACAUUGGAUGUAUCUUUCUUCUUUCUCCCCUUUUGUCAAAGCUGUAAGAGCUCACUGUCAGAGGAUCUACUGAAGAUAGGCCAUAGCCAUAUGGGAGAAAAAAUUAAGAGGCUGGAGUCACAAGAGAACACAGAGCCUGUUCAGCAUGUGUAUGAGUUUAGAUUGAUCACAGAAUGGGCCACCCCCAGCGAUAUAUGGGCUGCAGUUACCAAGAACUGCAGGCAUCUCUUUACCAAGGUCAUGACAGGAAGAGAAUUGCAGUUGUACAUUGGCUGCCACUGUAUCAAGCUACUGCUGAAUGCAGAAUUCAGUACAAUGCAUAUCAGGUGUAAAGACAUUAAAUUGUUGCACCACUUAAAACAAAGCCUGGCUCAGCUUUUGAAUGAAGAAAACAACUUCAAGAAAACUGUUCUGAUUAAUUGUACCAUCUUCAGUAUGGCUCAGAACCUGAAGGCAGAUGUGGAGUUAGAAGGAAAGAACCUGAAUUUGCUGAAAGGGGAAUGGAGACAUGCUGUGGCAAAAUACUUGCCACUUUAAUAGUAGCCCUCCCUAAUGAGUGGUGCCAUGUAUGUCAUUAACACACCAUAGCUUUCCUCAGUACUUAAUGUUGCCAACCAAAGAGAUGUAAAAUAUUCUUGUUGUAGUUCUUCCCCAGUAUAUUUGAAUAAAAAUUUUCUUGGAUAUUUUCCAUCUAAGAAAUAAUAAAAUAGAAGACGUUUUGGUGAUGGGGCUCUAUCUCCGUCUUCAGGUACCUACUCUGUUGGGCCCAAUAUAUUGAGCUAAUCCCUAUCUCCGGACUGGCUUGCUUGAUGAUGUGUUUGAAAGGCUGCCUAGUGCAUAAUGUGUAAUUAUAAUCACUGCUGAUCAUCCUACCCCACAUCAUUAUUUAUCCAAAUUGGGGCUUAUAUCUCAUGCUAUAGAACAUUGUUCAGCAAACAUUUUCAGUGGCCAUACAUAUGCACAAUUUUUUUUAAAGAAAUUAAAGAAUAAGAAGAGCUCUCUUGUUGGAUUCAGCUCAGAGUAACAUUCUGAUGCAAAUAUUCCAAGAUAUAUUUAUCACCCAUUUAUUUUGUCUGAAUUCUGCUUGCUUCUUUCUCAUGUGUCUCAUUUAGACAAUGGCAGUGGAAACUCUGUAGAUGGGCAGGUGGAGAAACAUGAUACUGAAGGAGAUUUAAGUUGGUAAGAUACACGAGUUACUGGGAACAGAGGAAACUUUUCACUGGUAAAUUUUGACCAUUAGGCAUAACAAUUGUUUAAACUAUUUUAUUUAAAGAGUUUGUAGGAGAUGUAGUAACUAAUACAAUUAUUAUACAGAACUGUUACAAAAAUUGCUGUCAUACCAAGACUUUCAUUGCAGGCUUGGAGACUAAUGUCAAAUUACAUUUUUAAUGCUUUGGGUGUUUAUGAUAACAGGCAUUUUUGCCACUGUUCUUAAUGUCAUAUGAAUCUUAUCCUUGUGUUCUGUUAUAGGACUUGCCUGCAUAAUUUGAAUAAAAUUUUAUUAAAAAUUG